AUGCCAGUGCGAUCACUUCAAGAGUUAGUACCACACACAGCUAAGGUGGCUGCGUCUCUGGUCCCAUGGCUUGGCAUGAAGGCCUCACUCAAAGAACUAGCUUACGUUCCCGGCAGCUUUUCAGUGGCUUCUGGAGUGAAGAUUGUCUUCAAGAACAAUACUGGUUUCCCCCACAAUAUUAUUUUCGACAAGGACGAAGCUCUGGCUGGCAUUGACGUAUUGAAGAUCUCCAUGAACGACGAGGACCUCCUCAAUGCAGCUGGAGUUUGGAGAGAUCUUCACCCGGGAGCUGGCAUUGUUGGCAAAGUGACCGUUACAACAUUCUCAGUUUAA